GGGGAAGUGGCGGCGGGAUUGACCAAUGGGAAGCGCGCUGUGCCCGCGGGGCGGCCAAUGGGCGGCGAGCGCGGUGGGCGGGGGCGGUGCGGCGGAGCCUUCGGGACGCGCCAGCCAGCGGGGUCCCAUGGGGGAGGCUCCGACCCCGGAGCUGGAUGCGGUGCUGGGUGGCAGCGGCUGGGAUGUGGGGGGGACCUUCGAGGGCCCACCACCACCCACCGGCCCCAUCCGCCUGGGGAAGAACGCCUGCUACGUGGUCCUGGCCGUGCUCUUCAACGAGGAGGACGGGGUGCUGCUGGUGCAGGAGGCCAAGCCCGAGUGCCGGGGGAAGUGGUACCUGCCGGCCGGCAGGAUGGAGCCCGGCGAGAGCAUCGUGGCCGCCAUGCGGAGGGAGGUGAAGGAGGAGACGGGGUUGGAGUGCGAAGCCCUCACUUUGCUGGCGCUGGAGGAGAGGGGGCCGGCGUGGAUCCGCUUCGCCUUCCUCGCGCGCCCCACCGGCGGGACCCUGAAGACCCUGGAGGAGGCUGACGCCGAGUCCCUGCAAGCGACGUGGUGGCCUGGGGACCCCUGUGCCCUGCCUCUGCGAGCCCUGGACAUCCUGCCCUUGCUGGACCUCGCCGCCCGCUACCGCCGCAGCCCCCCGCACCCCCCCACGCUGCCGCAGGAGCUGCCCUGCGCCCUGGUCUGCUUACGGCUCCUGCUGGCCUUCACCAACGACGCUGGGGACCUUUGGGUGCUGCUGGGCACGGCUGGGACCCCCCACCUGCCCGUGGUGGCUUGUGGCACGUCCCCGGCCGAGCUGCGGGGGGGUCUCCGCCUGCCCGUGCUGCGGCUGCUGCGGGACUGCCUGCCCCCGGACCCCCACCCGGGACCCCUAGGGCUGCUGGGGCUGCAGCACCGGGCUGGGGGUGCUGGGGGGGGCGACGGCGUCUGCUUCAACGUGCUGCUGAGCAUCCCGCCCAGCAGCCCCGGGGCCGCCCCCCCCGAGCCCCACAGCCCCGCUUUCCGCUGGUGGCGGGUGGAGGAGGAGAGCCUGAGGGGCCGCAUCCUGCAGCGGCUCCGGGAUGCGGCCACCGUGCCCGUCCGCAGCUAGUGGCCAGCUAGCCCAGCUUUGGGCAUGUGGAGGCGGGGGGAGGGGGGGGGGGGUCCGACCGGGACAUGGGGUUGCAGUGCCCAAGGUGUGAGCCCCGGGAUGCGGCCCCCCAUGGCUGGGGGGGGAUGUUUUGGGGCAGGGCACGGUGCCGUGUCCUGGUCCCCGGGGGAGAAACGGGGACCCAGAACCG